AUCAGUUUCAUUUGGACCGUUCUAACGGCGCGUUGUGCUAGAGAAAAAAUCCUCAUAUAAAUAGCAGAACAGCCCCAAAACAUUUCAAACAAAAUACAAAACUCUCUUGAACUCAAAUUCUCCAACUCGACAUCGCUACAAAACAAAAACAUCCCAUACCAAAACAAAAUAUACUGAAAAACUUUCAAUAUACACAUAUAAAAUAACUCUUUUUUUGAUUGUGCUUCUAAGUGUUGUGCUAAAACUAUAUUAACUUUUACAAAUAUUCAAAAAUAUUUAAAGAUAUUCUACAGUAUACUUCUACUUUUUAAAUAUCCAACUAAAGCGUAAGAAAGCUAACUAAGAAAUCACUUAACAUUUCACCAAAACAAAAACUAUAAACAAAAAAACAGGCACUUUUUAAGACCAAACAUCUUUGCAGUUAAGUGUUUUUGAAUCCUAACUGUUAACGUGUAAACGCACAAAAAUGUGCACAAAAUUCUCAUUAGACUCGAACGACUGAAAAGUGCGUUCCAUUGAAAAAAAGCGGGAAACUUUUGAUUAAUUAAAAGUAAAACAAAAAGCCGUGAGCCAACCAAGAACUGGCUUCUGGCGUUCAACAACAACUACAACGAGAGUCCUGAAAGUCAGCAACAAAAAAAAACUUCUCCUCCAGGAAGCUAAGCAAACAAAACAAGCAGGACAAAAAGAAAAAAACUUUGACAGAACAGAACAUCAACAUCGAAAUGGAAUUGGCCAUCAGAAUUGUCCAUCCGCAGUUAGCCAGCUACAAACCCAACAACAACAGCAACAUUCACACCAGCAAUAGCAAGCUAAUCACGAACAGUAGCAGCAAUUGCAGCAUCAACAACAACGACGAGAACAACAACCCAGGCACAAAAAGUGACAACUAUUUAACAACGAUUACAUCAACAGCUAGAACUGCAACAACCACAGGCAACAACCAAUCGGCAGUAGAAGAAAUCGCAGUAGCAGCAGCAGCAGCAACAGCAGCAACAGCAACUUGCAACAACUUUGCAGCAACAUCCGUGCGAAAUGCAGCGGCAACAACCGUCCAUCGACCAGCUGCACGAGCCCGUAGCCUCAACCAGCAAUUCGGCAGCAAUUAAGCCGGUAGCAAACAACAACCCGGCAGUGACAACGACAACGACAACGUCAACAACCAACAAUUUCCACCAGCAACUGCAAGCAACAACAGCAGCAACCAUGCAACGUCUACGAACAACCUUCACGCGAUCGCGCACACCGACCGGUGCCGAAAUGAAGAUGCAGAACAGCCUGGAGGUGCCCAAGCAGGUAAAAAAGGUGCGCUCGGCCUCCUUCGACGAGAUGCAACUGGAGUCGCAGCGUGCCUCCUCCAGUCUGCUCAAGCAGCAGUCCGCGUCCUCGGCGGAGGAACGCUCCUCGGAAUCUGGCCUCCUGCAGGUGCCAUUGGCGGCCCAUCAACAGCGAUCCCACAGCUUCGAUUCGGCUACCCCCUCGGGGGGCAGCGAUGACUCGGGCGCCUUUUUGGAGGUGCCCGCACAGCCGAAGCCCGCCCGGCGCAGUUCGUCCACCAAGACACCGCCGCCGUGCAUCCAUUGUCAAUAUCUGGAGGAGUACGAGCGCCUGAUGACGGCCGAACAGCGCUACUUCAUCGAUCAUCGCGAGCUGACGGCCCUCAGCUACAGCAACACCAGCUCGGAGGGGAGUGAGGAUGAGGAGGGGGGCGUUGGCCCUGGCCGCGGCGAGGAGGAGGAGGAGGAUGCCGAGGAGGAGACCACCGAAGCGGCCACUGAGGAGGCGGAUGAGGACCCGAGGACCGAGGUGGAGUCCGAGCACGAUCACGAUCCGGACGACGAUGCCGCCCUGGAGAUGGACAUACGCAUUGGCAACAUGAGCCAGGGCAGCAGCAUCGAGGAGUCACGAGCCCGCCUCCCACGGCAAAUGAGGCGCCACACCAUCGGCAGCAGCUCGGUCACCUCGGCCUCCGAGGAUGAGGGCUUGGACGGAUCGGACAAUGGGUCGCCGCACUUCGGCAACACCCUGUUGCCACCGCAGCCGGCCACGCCCUGCGGCAUAACCUUCACACUGAGUCCGACCAACGGGGACUAUCCAUCGCCGCCGCAUCUCCCCCUGGAUCCCGGCUCGCCGCCCAUGUCGCCCUGCAGAAUGCCGGUCCUGACCCCGACCAUAACCACGCCCUGCUCCGCGGCCGAUGCCGAGGAUGCCGGUGCCGCCAUGGGUCUGCCGGUGCGGGCCAGACGUCGCUCCAUUUCGCGACAGGAGGCGGUGUUCGUGGAGCCCACUGGAAACUCGUUGGAGAAUGUGUCGCACGAGGAGGUGGACAACAGCAACACCAAGUCAUCGGUGGACACCAAUGACUCGCUCGACGAGGCCUCGAUCAUGGCCACUUGCGGCUCACCCGGAGCCGCCGGCGGAGCAGGUCCAUCGGGCAGCGGUGCUCAUCACAGCGCCUUUGUGGUGCGGGAUAUCUAUUUGAUGGUGCCGGAUCUGAAGCGGGAUCGCGCCGCCUCCGUGGAUUCGUGCUUCACCAAACUCUCGUCGAACGCCAAAACCGAGGAGUUGCAACCGAGUGCCGAUGGAUGUUUCCUCACCGUGCCCAAUAUCAACGCAACUAGAUCGCGAUCCGUUGACAUCGUGUUGCCAACUGACGAGCAGGCCAGGUACAAGGCCUUGUCCAUGACCGGAUCCACCGUCACCUACGCAGAUGGGCGUACCGCUUCGGCGAGUAAUUCCCGGAGGCCGAUACGGAUUGUGCCCGACUGGACGGAGAAUGCGGUGCAGGGCGAGCACUACUGGAAGCCCUCCUCGGUCUCCGGCGAUCUUUGCUGCCUGAACGAGGACUGCAUUAAAAGCGGGCAGCGGAUGAAGUGCUCGGCCUGCCAGUUGGUAGCGCACCACAACUGCAUUCCGAUCGUGAACGAGAAGGGCACGCUGGCCUGCAAGCCAACCUACCGGGACGUGGGCAUCCGGCAGUACCGGGAGCAGACCACCACGCACCACCACUGGGUGCACCGCAAGUUGGAGAAGGGCAAGUGCAAGCAGUGCGGCAAGUUCUUUCCUAUGAAGCAGGCAGUGCAAAGCAAGCUAUUUGGGUCGAAGGAGAUUGUGGCGUUGGCCUGUGCGUGGUGCCACGAGAUCUACCACAACAAGGAGGCCUGUUUCAACCAGGCCAAAAUCGGCGAGGAGUGUCGUCUGGGCAACUAUGCGCCCAUCAUUGUGCCGCCGUCGUGGAUUGUGAAGCUGCCGACCAAGGGCAACUUCAAGUCCUCGAUACGCGUGAGCAACAAGAACAAUGCGGCCUCAGGAUCCGGAGGCGGGGCUUCCGGGGGCGGUGGAGGGGCAGGAGGCGGCGGCGGAGGCGGCGGGGGCAAGAGCAAGAAGCAGACGCAGCGGCGGCAGAAGGGCAAGGAGGAGAAGAAGGAGCCGCGGGCGUUCAUUGUGAAGCCCAUUCCGUCGCCGGAGGUAAUCCCGGUCAUUGUGUUUAUAAACCCAAAGUCGGGCGGCAAUCAGGGCCACAAGCUGCUGGGCAAGUUCCAGCACCUGCUCAAUCCGCGCCAGGUGUUCGAUCUUACGCAGGGCGGCCCGAAAAUGGGCCUGGACAUGUUCCGCAAGGCGCCCAAUUUGAGGGUCCUGGCCUGCGGCGGCGAUGGCACCGUCGGCUGGGUCCUGUCCGUCCUGGACCAGAUCCAGCCGCCACUCCAACCGGUCCCGGCGGUGGGUGUCCUUCCCUUGGGCACCGGCAAUGAUCUCGCUCGCGCUCUCGGCUGGGGAGGGUCUAUCUUCUUUCAGGGCUACACGGACGAACCGAUCGGGAAGGUGCUGCGCGAGAUUGGGAUGUCGCAGUGCGUGCUGAUGGACCGCUGGCGGGUGAAGGUCACGCCCAACGAUGACGUCACCGAUGACCAUGUCGACCGCAGCAAGCCGAAUGUCCCGUUGAACGUCAUCAACAACUACUUCUCAUUCGGCGUGGACGCCCACAUCGCCCUGGAAUUCCACGAGGCCCGCGAAGCUCAUCCGGAGCGCUUCAAUUCGCGGCUGCGCAACAAGAUGUACUACGGCCAAAUGGGCGGCAAGGACCUGAUCCUGCGCCAGUACCGCAACCUCUCCCAGUGGGUGACGCUCGAGUGCGACGGCCAGGACUUCACUGGCAGGCUGAGGGACGCCGGCUGCCACGCCGUUCUCUUCCUGAACAUUCCCAGCUAUGGCGGUGGCACCCAUCCGUGGAACGACUCGUUUGGCGCCUCGAAGCCCUCGAUCGACGACGGGCUGAUGGAGGUGGUGGGUCUGACCACCUACCAGCUGCCCAUGCUGCAGGCGGGGAUGCACGGCACCUGCAUCUGCCAGUGCCGGAAGGCGCGGAUCAUCACCAAGAGGACCAUUCCGAUGCAGGUGGACGGCGAGGCCUGCCGCGUGAAGCCCUCGGUGAUCGAGAUCGAGCUGCUCAACAAGGCGCUGAUGUUGUCCAAAAGGAAGCACGGACGCGGCGACGUCCAGGUAAAUCCCCUGGAAAAGAUGCAGCUGCAGAUCUUGCGCGUCACCAUGCAACAUUACGAGCAGUACCAUUAUGAGAAGGAGAUGCUCCGCAAAUUGGCCAACAAACUGGGCCAAAUCGACAUCGAUUCGCAGUGCGAUCUGGAGCAUGUGCGCAACAUGCUCAACGUCAAGUUCGAGGAAUCCAUCUCGUAUCCGAAGGUCUCCCAGGAUUGGUGCUUCAUCGAUGCCUGCACUGCGGAGCACUACUUCCGGAUCGACCGUGCGCAGGAGCACCUGCACUACAUCUGCGACAUCGCCAUCGACGAGCUGUACAUCCUGGACCACGAGGCGGCCACCAUGCCGCAGACGCCCGACCAGGAGCGCUCCUUCGCGGCCUUCUCGCAGCGGCAGGCCCAGAACGAGCGGCGCCAGAUGGACCAGGCCCAGGGCCGCGGCCCGGGCAGCACCGAUGAAGAUUUGCAAAUUGGCUCCAAGCCCAUUAAAGUGAUGAAGUGGAAGAGCAACAAAGAUCGUUUAUUCAGUUUCAACGAAGAUGUUUUUGGUUAUGGAUUCAGCCCUAUACUGGAGCAAACUUCCGAUGCCAUACUACUAGCAGCCCAGAGCGGCGAUCUCAAUAUGUUACGUGCACUACAUGAACAAGGAUACUCACUACAGUCAGUGAACAAGAACGGACAGACAGCGUUGCACUUCGCCUGCAAAUACAACCACAGGGACAUCGUCAAAUACAUCAUCACGAGCGCCACACGACGCGUCAUCAACAUGGCCGACAAGGAGCUUGGACAGACGGCGCUCCACAUUGCCGCCGAGCAGAACCGUCGCGACAUCUGCGUGAUGCUGGUGGCCGCCGGCGCCCAUCUGGACACCCUCGACUCCGGCGGCAACACGCCCAUGAUGGUGGCCUUCAACAAGAACGCCAACGAGAUAGCCACGUAUUUGGAAAGUAAGCAGAGGACCCAGUACCUCGAAGGCUGGCUCGACGAUUAGACUACGCGAAUCCAGAAUCGCCGCAGUUCCCCGCCAUGUAGAGCUAUUGCUAGACAAGCUUACACCGUGGGGCUAACUCACGACAACUAGACAAAACGAAAAUCACAAAACCAGAAUUUCAGUUAAUCGGCUAAUCGGUUAUUCAAAAAAAAGAACGUCAUUUUAACAUUGCAAAUUUCUCCUUUCUAUGCCAACAACAAAACAACAACUAAAUGGAAAAUGUCUUGUAAAUAACUCAACCUACAUAAUCAAAUCAAACGAAAUUAAAUUAAAUCAACAUUCCACGAAAACACAUCGAUUUCGCUUAGGUCAAGAGCGUUUUAUGCAUCUGGAGGUGCAGACCCGGAUCUAAGUGGAGCAUUCAGCGAAAGCAUUCACCCUACGACAUAAUAAUAAUUAUAAUGGCUUUUUUUGGUAACUGUUUUUUUUUUUGUGUUAGCAUGUACGAGAAAAAUCUAAUUUAAUCUAAGCAAAGAAAAUACAUACACACAUACAACAAAAAAAAAAAGCAAAAAACACUCAACACAUUUAGUGCGUAAGCGGAUGAUGGUAUGAAUUAAUUAAUUUAUUGUAAAGAAAAGCUAGCAAAACGAAAGGCAACAUUUGUCCGAAAUUUCAAUUUUUAAUUACAUUACAAGAACGAACAAACAAAAAACUUGAAUUAAAAAGGCAGCAAGUGCAAAUGGAAAUUCGAAA